GAAUGGAUGAGAGCGGGUAACAGUAGAAGUGAAAAAUAAUAAUAAAAAAAAAAAGUGGUGAGUAGUAAAGUAGUAGUAGUAAAAGUAAGCCAGCUCGUCAGUUAACUGCAAGCUCUUUCUGCUUUUCCCUCCUCAACUAACACCAGAUAGGUGAAAGCAGUAAUAAUAAUAGUAGUAACCAGUCAACGCCGUCUCUUCUCGUCUAGUUCGCAGGAACCAGACUGUGGCACUGGUGUCUCGUCGUUUUGGAAACCUCGAUGGAUCGGGCGGGAAAAUGUUAAGGGAGAUGGGAACUUUGCUCUUAGUUGCGGGAGCUAUUCGGACUAGUUUGGAGAAAGUUGGAGCGGGUCUGGAUGAGAGACCCAAAAGAGUCUUUAGAAGAAAAUGAAAUAGUAAGAGAAUGUAUGUGUCGUUUUCUUCUAAGCAAGAAGGGAAGGAAAGUCAGAUAUUGAGAUCAGUUCGGAUUUUGACGGUGGAAAAGGCCGAUUAUGGGAUGGACCAGGAAAACCAAGGCUCGAGAGAGAGAGAGAGAGAGAGAGAGAGAGAGAGGGGAAGAGGAGAAGAUUAGAAGAAUAAGCACUACUACUUCUUGGUUGAAGAUGUUCC